AUGACCAACCUGCUCCUUGUCCUCGUCCUCUCAGCCGUGGGAGGGUCAGCCCGUGGUCAAGCAUGCAGCUACCAGGACAUCGUGGACCACCUCAACCUGACCACGGAAGCCUACAAGUUGACCCGGCCCGUUCUGGACCACACCCGGCCCACGUCCGUGGAGCUCACCGUCGUUCUCUACGCCAUCCUGGGCGUGAACGAGAAAACGCAAACCUUCAUCCCGUUUAUCUGGAAGUUCAUGGUUUGGAACAAUGACCACAUCUUCUGGGACCCGGCUCAGUUUUGCGGAAUCACGGAUUUUACAAUUCCCCAAGGCUUGCUGUGGAAACCGGACAUCUUCAUCGAGGAAAUGACGGAGAAGGACGACUCCCCGCCCAACCCGUACAUCAUCCUACGCCACAACGGGAGCGCCAGCUUCGAGCAGGACAUGCGGGUGGUGAGCACGUGCAAACUGGACGUGCACAAGUUCCCCUUCGACACGCAGCAGUGCAACAUGACAUUCGGCUCCAUGGCUCACGACUCCUAUCAGAUGAGAAUCAUACCCGUCUUCAACUCGUCACGGGCGACCGAGUCCACCAAAGAGAAUCUGCAAUCUCAGGGAGAGUGGGAGUUCCUGCAUUUGUCCGUCAGCAACAAUAACUUCAGCCAUGAUGGGCGCCUGUGGGACCAGCUGGUGUUCACUUUCGUCAUCAAGAGGCGCCCCCUCCUGCACGUCAUCAACUUCCUGCUGCCAAUCCUCUUCUUCCUGUGCCUGGACCUGGCCUCCUACUUCAUCCCGGACCACCGCGGCGAGAAGUUGAGCUUCAAGGUGACCGUGCUGCUCGCCAUCUCCGUGCUGCUGCUCAUCCUCAACGACAUCCUGCCCUCCAUGUCCAACAAGACACCGCUGAUAGCCACCUACUGCAUCGUCAUCUUCGCCAUGAUGCUGCUCAGCCUGCUGGAAACCAUCCUGGUGACCCACCUGAUGGAGGGGGACGCCUUGGAGAAGCUGGCUCGGUGCACGGACAAAGCGGAGAGGAUUCCGCCGGAUGGAAACAUGACCGAAGAGAGACAAGAGGUGGGAUCUUUGAGCACGUGCACGUCCGGCAGCGAGAAACCACAGGAGAUGCUGCCCGUCCUCCAGGAGGUGAACAACAGCGUGCUCGGAGCCGAGUCGCGGGCGCUCCUGCUGAUGGUGGCCGAGCUGAAGGAGCUCCACAGGACGCUGAGCGCGCACCCCAGCUGCAGAAAAGAGGGAGGGAAAUCGGCGCUCUUGGCUGGCAAAAUCAACAAAGCCUUCUUCGUCUUCUACUUGGUCACCGCCGUGCUCUUCCUCUCGCUGCUCUACCUGGAGUGGACCACUUAGGUCAGCCCUGUCCAAAGUGUGGCCCCCGAGGGCCUUUUGCGGCCCUCAGCUAGAGUUUUAAGGGCUUGCGACAUAUGCUAAAAGUACUAUUAGAAAAGAGAAAC